UCAGGAGGCUGAGGCAGGAGGAUCACCUCGAGUUCAAGACGAGCCCAGGCUACUCAGUGAAACACUUUCUGGAAAACACCAAACAAACCAAAAGCAAAAUCAAAUUCUUUCUGGGUCACUGCCUCUAGCAUAUUCACCUGGCCAAGAAUCCAGACACAGGUGUUCAGAUGAGAGGCCUGUCAGUGACCACCGCGGGACCCAGACGACAACGCCAGCUCUGCCAUCACCGAGGACGGAUGGGCCACUUGUGGUGGGUCCCUCUACACAGAGUGGUGUUGCCUCGUUCUCCCUCCUCAGUUUGGUCCGCAAGGGGAGAAGUUCUGACGUCAAGCCCAACUUCAGUCGUCCACGAGAACCAGGCCGCCCAGGUCUCUCCCGCUGAAGAUUCUGACAACGAGACCUUGCCAAACACCACGCCGUUCCCUGCUUCCUCAGUGGGCAUCUCCAGCACACCCUCCCAUGGGCCUCUUAAAACUGUUCAGACGAUGACAUCUACUGCCAACCCCAAGACAAGUCCAACAUAUAUGGGUCCGACACGCAGACCUGGUGGCCCAGUUGACUCUACGUUGACGUCAUCAUUUCCACCUACAAAUUACUCUUCAAGCGAGACCACUCUGGAAACUUCUUCACCACCUAAGCAUCCUAUUCUACAGCCGUCCGCAGACUUCUAUUCCUCCGGCUCUACUUCCUCUGCUAAGACAGGCACAGGAAGUCCCACCUGGAGCACCACCACCCGCCUCCAGGGCCGCACCACUGCCCUGUCUGUUACCAGCCCUUCCUCGCCAUCCGCACCAUCCUCAGGCUCCUCAGGUGUCCCCCUCUUCCAGGAUGAGAUAAGCCAUGGAGACCACCCCUUUAUCCGGAUGGCUGUGGACUUUACCUCAUGGCUGUUCAGGAUCAAGAUUGGCUUCCCCCUCGGCUCCUCUCUGUGGGAUUCCUGCUCUUUCACAGAUAAUGGCCAGCUCUUUUUUCCGGAGUCAGACUACCAGAUCUUCCGCUACCCCAGCCCACCCCCAGGAGGCUUCACGAGACAGGACUCUGUUGCAACUGUGGCUCCAUUCUGGGGUGAUGCUGAUUUCUCCAGCCAGAAGGGAGAAAUCUUUUACCAGGAAUAUGAGACCUACAGUGAACCCAACCGGUUAGUCCGGCAGGUGGAGACUUGGAUUGAAAAUUUCACAAAUUCCUGGGGCUAUAAAGCCAAGUGGACCCUAGAGGUCACAUGGGUCAAUGUCUCUGCCUACCCUGCCCAGCGGACCUCUGGGGUUAAGGAAAACAGACAGCAAGGAGGCCUGAACCCUGCGGCACUCUGUGCGGAUGUGGAAUUAGGAAGGACCUCCCAGCUGACUGACCUGUGA